AUGGGUUCUGAGCGUGAGAACAAGACAUUCCUCGCGCGGCUCUGCGAGCAGGCCGAGCGCUACGAUGAAAUGGUCACCUACAUGAAGGAAGUCGCCAACAUUGGCGGCGAGCUCACUGUUGAUGAACGUAACCUUCUCUCGGUCGCUUACAAGAAUGUUGUUGGUACCCGCCGUGCCUCAUGGCGCAUUAUCUCCUCCAUCGAGCAGAAGGAGGAGUCCAAGGGCUCUGAUGAGCACGUUAACAUCAUCCAUGAGUACCGUCAGAAGAUCGAGACUGAGCUGGAGCGGGUCUGCCAAGAUGUCCUCGAUGUCCUUGACGAGGCUCUGAUCCCCAAGGCUGAGACUGGAGAGUCCCGAGUCUUCUACUACAAGAUGAAGGGUGACUACCACCGCUACCUCGCUGAGUUCGCCUCUGGAAACAAGCGCAAGGUUGCCGCCACUGCUGCCCACGAGGCUUACAAGAACGCGACCGAUGUUGCUCAGACCGAUCUUACCCCCACUCACCCCAUUCGCCUUGGUCUCGCCCUUAACUUCUCUGUAUUCUACUACGAGAUCCUUAACUCCCCUGACCGUGCAUGCCACCUCGCCAAGCAGGCCUUCGACGAUGCCAUUGCCGAGCUUGACUCCCUCUCCGAGGAGAGCUACCGCGACAGCACUUUGAUCAUGCAACUCCUGCGCGACAACUUGACUCUCUGGACUUCUUCGGAUAGCGCCGAGGGUGAGACUGCCGCCCCCAAGGAGGAUAAGCCCGAGGAUGAGGCCGCCCCUGCUCCUGAGGAGCAGACCGAGGCCGCUAAGCCUGAAGAGACUGAGGAGUAA